UUGUCUUCAAGGCGCUGGCGCGCCUCCCCCGCCCCCCGCGCCCUGCCCGGGCUGAGCCCGAGGGAUCGCUGCGCUCCGGGCGGUGCUGGCAAAGUUUGCUUUGAACUCGCUUCCCACCGUCCGGUCCUGCUCCGCGCUCUUCCCCGGGCGCUCGGACCCUAGCCCGGACUGCCUGGAACCGGAGGGCCGGGAGCUGGGCUGCCCAGCCGGCGGGCUUGGCGAGGUGGUUGUGUGUUGAGGGGACCAGAGUUCGCCAGGCGACCGUGCAGAGGGACUCGGAGUCGCCUCCUCUCCCCCCUCGGCCAGCAGCAGCAGCAGCAGCAGCACCCCGGUAGCACGCCUCCCUCUUCCUCUCCUUCCCUCCCGCAGGGAGCGGACAUGGACUUCGACUCGUACCAGCACUAUUUCUACGACUAUGACUGCGGGGAGGAUUUCUACCGCUCCACGGCGCCCAGCGAGGACAUCUGGAAGAAAUUCGAGCUGGUGCCGUCGCCCCCCACGUCGCCGCCCUGGGGCUCCAGUCCCGGCGCCGGGGACCCAACCAUUGGGAUUGGUCCCCCUGAGCCCUGGUCAGCAGGAGGGGGUACCGGGGACGAGGUGGAAUCUCGGGGCCACUCGAAAGCUUGGGGGAGGAAUUAUGCUUCCAUCAUCCGCCGUGACUGCAUGUGGAGCGGCUUCUCGGCCCGAGAACGGCUGGAGAGAGCGGUGAGCGACAAGAUCACCUCUGGCGCGCCUCGGGGGAACCCGCCCAAAGCACCCGUCACCACCCCGGACUGCACUCCCAGCCUGGAAGCCAGCAACCCGGCGCCCACCACCCCCUGUCAGCUGGGCGAGCCCAAGACCCAGGCCUGCUCCGGGUCCGAAAGCCCCAGCGACUCGGAAGGUGAAGAAAUCGAUGUUGUGACAGUGGAGAAGAGACAGUCUCUGGAUAUACGGAAGCCAGUCACCAUCACAGUGCGAGCAGACCCUCUGGACCCCUGCAUGAAACACUUCCACAUCUCCAUCCAUCAGCAACAGCAUAACUAUGCUGCUCGUUUUCCUCCAGAAAGUUGCUCCCAAGAGGAGGCUCCAGAGAGGGGUCCCCAGGAAGAGACUCUGGAGACAGAAGCUCCUGAGGAGAAGGAAGAAGAGGAGGAAGAGGAGGAAGAUGAAGAGAUUGUGAGCCCCCCACCUGUAGAAAAUGAGGCUCCCCAGUCCUGCCACCCCAAACCUAUCAGUUCUGAUACUGAAGACGUGACCAAGAGGAAAAACCACAACUUCUUGGAGCGCAAAAGACGAAAUGACCUCCGCUCCAGGUUCUUGGCCCUGAGGGACCAGGUGCCCACACUGGCCAGCUGCUCCAAGGCUCCCAAAGUAGUGAUCCUGAGCAAGGCCUUGGAAUACUUACAAGCCCUGGUGGGGGCUGAGAAGAAGAUGGCUACAGAGAAAAGGCAGCUCAGAUGUCGGCAGCAGCAACUGCAGAAAAGAAUCGCAUACCUCAGUGGCUGCUAACUGACCAAAAUGUCCAACUCUUCUGUUUCACAGACAUGAGUUUCUUUAUUUUUUUUUUUUUCUUCAGCCUCCCUCUCUUCCCUUUUAGUAAUUUGCACAUUUUGGUUACAGCGAGGCAGUCUGAACAGUAGAUACCAGAAUGCAUUGCAACCAGUGCACACUCAGUAAGGGCUUGCAUUCUUGGAAACCUUGAGACCAGCUCUCCUCCUUCCCUGCCCGACUCAUGGGAGUGCUGUGUCUUUUCUGGCGCCUUUGGCUUCUCAGUGGGCAGCUGACUGAGGAGCCUUAGGGUCUGCCUAACUCCGAAGAAAAGGCUGACAGAUGCUAUGCAACAGGUGGUGGACGAUGUCGGGGGCUGCAGCCUGCAUGAAAUCUCACACUGCAGGAGCUUUAGGCUAGGAGAGGAUGCUGCUCCCACUGGUGUCCCUGGGGGUGACACAAGGACAGCUGGGCCUGGACACUCUCCCUGAGGCUCCUUUUUCCAGGAGACACAUGAGCUGUCCUGAGUGAAGACCAGCUCACAGACUUGAUCAACACGGACCAUUACCUCACUGUCAGACACUUUACAGUAGCUGAGGACUGGAAUAUUUAGGUUUUAUAUAUGUGUGUGUGUGUGUGUGUGUAUACAUAUAUAUAUAUGUAUGUAUGUAUAUAUAUGUAUGUAUUGUAUGUAUGUAUGUAUGUGAGAGAGAGAAUGUUAGGCCACACCCCUUUCCCUCUCAGUGCUACAAUGUAGAGAACAUUUAAAGAGCUUUGCCUCUUUCUCUCAAAGCCCUUUGGGCCUUCCAGAGAGACCUUUCUGUCCCUCUCUGGGGGAGACUUUUUUGUUUCAUUCUGCCUUUAUUAUGCAGUAAGCACUACAGCACCCUUUCCACAGAUCAGAAAUAUUUUGCCAAGACAUGAGAAAAUAGGUCCCAGUCUGGGGUAUGGGGCAGGUUUGGAGUCCUGGCUCAUGAACUUGUUUCUUGCCCAGGUGUUUUCCAAGGGCUAGAUAAUUCCCAUCUGGGAUCCUUUUCUCAAGGCAGGUAGAAGGAACCUUACAAGGAAACACUGUAUCACUUCCUCUUUUCCAUCGCCUCUCCUUGAUUCUGUUUGAAGUUCUACUGGAAUUGUGUAAACCUGUCAUUCUCAUGCAACUCCAAGGAGCUUGCUGGUUAUGCAGCCACCAGCCUGGUUCUCUGCCAGUCUGACAUGAGUCAGAUUCCUUUCCCAGAAUCUGGGCCUCACUAAGAUUCAGGGGAAAGCCAUUGGCACCCAAUCCAGGCCCCAGAAGGUAGACUUGUUUCUUGAUGGGUAACAGGUUCCUCCAGGAGCCAGCCAUGAUAGAUUUUGCCCCAGCUGGACUCUGCAGCUUCAGGUGGAAUCUAAGAAAGCUUUUCCCAGCUUCCAAGCUGAGAAAGCCACCCAACCCAGCAGCUGUCUUGUGGGCAACCUCAGGAACACUUCAGCCCAGCCUGGCUGAAGGACCAGCCCUUCCACAAUUCUUCCCAGGAAGGCAGGUUUCCUGCUGAUCCUGAAUUUGGAAGUAGAGAAGUGGAAGCAGUGAGCACUAUCAGUGGCUCUGAAAAACUGAUGACACUUCCAAACUUACUGUCCAUGAUAAGUCUCUUGUCUGAGGUUGCUUCCUGGCCUCAGAGGACCCUAGUGGAAGUUUUGGAAAUAUCUUCUGGAGUAAGAUUUUCAGGGGGCACCUGUCUUUUGGAACUGUGUUGGGAGGACAAGUGGGGAACAGGCUACUGAUAUCUCACCUGAAUAGUUUGUGUUUUAUAAGCUGCUGCUGGGGGAGUCUUUAUCUCUCUUUCUCUCUCUUUUUUUUAUACUGUAUUUUUGUAUGCCUUUUGCAAAGUGGUGUUGUUUUUGUACAAGGAAAAAAAAAAAACUCCUGUUGCAAGGGUCUGCUUUAUUUUCAAAGGCAAGUUUACCUGAAUUUUUGUAUUUAGUUCUGAUUAUUGACUGCUUGAUUUUAAACUGUUGCCUUCUGGGACAUCUUCUAAUAAAAGAUUUCUCAAAUA